GUUUCUCACAAGAGCAACAACGCAUAGAUUCUGAAAAAUAGGAGUAAAUUUACAAUAUGGACGAUAUAAUAUUUGAAGCUGUUGGACAAUGCAACUCCGAACCUUUGACGCAAAAUGACUCGUCCAUGGCCCACUUGAAUUCGUUUGAGUUUAACUCACAUCAGAGCACACCUCACUACUCUUCUUCAUCAGAACUGCGAAGUGCAUCAGAAGCCCCAUCGCAGGCACCACUAACGCCUUCACCAGCAAGUUUUGAUACUCCUGCAGAACGACCGAGUGCUUCUCCAUUCUCCGAUUCUGCGUCAUCAGCGACUACUUUCACAGAACAACCACGUCGUCGUGGUCGGAUAAACACGGAAAACAGAUCUUCGUCCAGUUCGUCACAUCCACUGGCGCGGCCAUGCGCGAGUGAUGCAUGCACAACAAUCGUCGCUUAUCUUAUGCAAUUCAAUAAAAGUGCGGAUGAAGAAUUUUCACGAAAAGCAAUCGAAUCGUUGACGAAGAAGUUGAAGGACAAAAGAGAUGAGCUGGAUGCUUUGAUAGCUUGUUGCGGAAGUGAAGGAAAGGAAGCAGACAAAUGCGUUACCAUAGCGCGAACACUCGACGGACGGCUACAAGUUGCUGGUCGUAAAGGCUUCCCGCAUGUGGUCUAUGCUCGCGUGUUUCGGUGGCCGGAUUUGCACAAAAAUGAGUUGCGUCAUCUCAGCAUUUGCGAGUGUGCUUUCGACUUGAAAUGUGAUUCGGUGUGCGUUAACCCAUACCAUUGCGAACGUAUUAUGAACCCUACUCUGAGCAACCUUAGCAAUUUGGAUCUUGCGUCUUUGAAGCUGGAACAACGUUCUCCUCCCGAUGGUGAUCCUGACGUUGACCGGCUUACUACACUUUACAGAGAUUUCCGCCCUGAAGGAGGUUGGAACCCAGCACCAUUUGGUCAACAGCAAAAAGUUUCUCCUCAAGGACCAAAUUUUGGACCUCCAUAUCCCCAACCUCCUUGGGCACAAAAAGCUAUUACUGCUCCUCCUAAUAGUCAUAUGUUUGGAGUAUCUGACAAGGCAGUUGUUCCCUCGCAAAUGCUAUCACCUCAUGGAAUUCUGCAGCAACACCAGCAAACUCCGGAUUUCUCGCACGUCCGUGGAUUCGAAGGGCAAUAUCAAACGAAUCGUCCUGCUCCCGAUCCUGCUCAGAUGUCAUCUGCUCAGCAGCAUAUGUUUCAGCAGCAUCAGCAGAUGCAGAAUCAUGCAAUGCAAAUGCGUCAACCAUCUCAAAUGCAAAACUCGCAAGCUGUACAUCCGCAGCAAAUGCCCUUUGCGGAGAAUGCGCUCGGCCAACCGCAUGCGCAUCUUCACUUGCCUGUGCAACCGUCAAGGUCCAGUGAUGGUGCAGUACAAGUACAGCCCAAUGUUUCGCAAUCAAAUCAGCUCAUAAAUGCUGCAAAUGAGGCGGACAAGAAGUUGUUGUCACGUCCGGGACCAGGACAACCAUACAGCAAUCUUUUAAAUGCGGAGUUUGUCCUUGGGAACAAGCUGAAGGUAAACAGUUUCGAGCCGCCAUCUUGCCCAGUGGACUCCAACUGGGGAUGUUUUGUGUACUAUGAAAGAGAAGUGCAGAUUGGACGGUUGCAGGUUAAACACAGCGAUAUGUACAUAGAUGGUGGAUUUGGCCAAGCUUCAAACCGAUAUUGUCUGGGGCGAGAAAAUAAUCCGCUACGGGAACAAGAUUGCCAUCUUGUCAGGCAAACCAUAGGAGAUGGCAUCCGUCUGUCUUUCAAAGAAAAUGGUGAUGUAUGGGUUCAAGUUUAUACGGGACGUGCCAUAUUUGUCCAUUCUCACUAUCUAGACAGAGAAUCUGGGAGGAGUACCGGUGAUGUUGUACAUAAAGUGUAUCCAGGAGCAAAAAUCAAGAUUUUCGACCUGAAUAAUGCAAAGGCCAUUCUCCGGCAGCAUAUGGUCGCCUGUCAAAUGGCCAAGGAGUAUUUAGCUGGUCAGAAAACUCCCAUGGACGAUUUGUUCAGGAUGUAUAAAAAAGACAAACUCGACGAGGAAGCCAAGAAAGGUGCUGAUGACAUGAAGCGAUUUUGCGUCGCACGAAUUUCAUUCGUCAAAGGAUGGGGACCGGAUUACAGCAGAAAAACUAUAAGCGAGUGUCCCUGCUGGAUUGAAAUCAAAAUGAACAGGGCUUUCCAGUAUCUGGACGAGUUGAUGCACGAAGUUUAGUACAAGAUUUCUUCAAGUUGUUCGCCUUUUUGUCUUAUUCGCCAUACUAUUGUCUGGCCAAUCCUAUCUUUUUGUUAGUCCUCUUGUAGCCAUUCGAUUUCUUAGUGUUGGUGUGGAGAAUUUGACGUUGAUAAUGAUCUCUAUUUGUUGUACGACGAGGUGUUUGUCUUCGGUGUUCCUUUACCAAUGUAGUCCAAAGCUUUUUACAUCUUUCCAUCGCACUUUUGAAGACCCUUUUCGCCAUUGCAUACAUUACUUUUCUCUUUACCUCGGUAAUUAUCUGAUGAUUCGAGAUUUGCCAGAAAUGUCGUUACAGAGUUCUUAUGCGUAGUUUUUCUAACUAUUAGUUAGUUGUCUUUGGGAUAUGCUCAUUUAAAAUGACGUUCAACUAUGUGUCCGAGAUUGUUUCCGGUGUGGAGCUUAUCCAGGUUUAUAGUUGUAGUUUUUAACAUCUGUCAAUGAUUUCGCAGUACUUGGUACAAUGUUUUAUCAGGAAAAUCAUUAGUUCAUAUUUUGACAUGCUUUCUUCGGAGAAUGAUGUGAUAUAUUGGUUAGGUGUUCUAGAUUUCUAUAGAUGUCUUUUUUUUCUAGAGCAGCUUGUGUUUCUGAUUUUUCUCACCUCUCAGAACUACCUCAUUUAGUUGCCUUGCUGCUCUAUAAAUUCUAACAUAGUAAAUCAGAUUUAUUACA